CUGAAUUACACCCGGAUGAAUACUCUGAUGAAUACUCUGACGAAUACCCUGAAGAGCGCUCUGAUGAACACCCUGAAGAAUGCCCUGAAGAACGUUCUGAAGGACGCCCUAAAGAACGCUCUAAAGAACAUUCUGACGAAUGCCCUGACGAACGCACUGGUAAGUCAAAUCAAGAUGAAACAAGCCAAAACAAACCGUGCCCCAAUGAAUCUACAAAGUAUGUAAAAUCUUAG